UUCGACUCCAAGGACCACGGACCGGUAGUUCGUCAUUUCUCUCCGCUCCCCACCAAGUCAGUUGCCAGUUCAAUAGCAACUCAGAACUGGCAAAAACCACUCCAAUCGCCGCCGCAUCCCCGUUCGUUCACCCCACAAUGAAUGCCUCUUCGAAGUUCCUUACACUUCUCACUACCACUAAUUCACCCAUCACCCUAUUUUACCGCCCUUGCUGCUUUCUACAUCGGCGUUCCCUUACUUUCGCCCGCUGCCUCUCCGCCUCUCCUCGCCGCCUCACCGGAAAUUCUUCCGCCCUCUUAUCAUCCCCCAGGACACCUCUCACUACUUUCCGGCGACCAUUUCAAUCUGAGGCCCUGCCAGUGAGUAGCACGCAUAGCUCUUUUUCUUCCACAACCCACCCGUGGCAAGAAUGGUGCAACCUAAUCAACGCGAUAUCUGCAGAUGUAAAGGUGGAGGAGCGCGGAGUAACCCCUGAGGAUGAUGGGUUUGUGGCAUACGAGCAAUUGCCAUAUGAUUUUCUUCAGGCUGCCAGUGCGUGCUUAGCGUUUGCUCGACAAAGGCCGAAUCUUUUAGGUUCACUUUCGAAGAGGGAUAUUGAAGUGGUCGUGACAAAUGGAACACCUUUUCUGUUCAGAACAGCUCUUGAAACAGCACGCAGAAUGAGGGCAUUUCUUGGUAUUGAUGGAAACCAUGCAUUAGAUCGUGGUGAUGUGCAUACAAUUGAUAUUAUGAAGUAUAUAAUAAGUUAUGCCAGCAAUCCUGCUGGCUCUCCCGGAUGCAAAACUGUGUAUAGUCGGGAACUCCUAGAAACUUCUAUUAGAAACCUUUUGCAUCAAUUGGUUGAAGUUGGCUGGGGACCUCCUGCCUCUGUCUUGCCUCCUCCAGGAGUUCACCAGUUUUCAGGCCGAGCUGGGGAAACUCCAAGGCCUGCUGGGCAAAACAUCGUGAUGAAGAGAGGUGACUGGAUUUGCCCAAAGUGCAAGUUUAUGAACUUUGCAAGAAAUAUAGAGUGCCUCGAGUGUGAGGAACUUAGACCAAGAAGACAGCUAACAGGCGGGGAAUGGGAAUGCCCCAAAUGUGAUUUCUUCAACUAUGGAAGAAAUAUGGUCUGCCUUAGAUGCAAUUCUAAACGACCUGCCGAGGCUUCAGUCAACAGCGAUACUAGAAGUUUGGGGGACGCUUAUAAUAAAACUGAAACAGAUGAGAUGUUUUCUGAGAAUGAACCAAAGGCACAAAUUCGGUUUAGUAAAAUCAAUGACACUGCAGCUGAUGAAGAGGACUUCCCUGAGAAGAAGCUUGUUGUGAGCACAACAAGAAAGACGCCUUUGGAGAGGAUGCUGCCCAACUCUCCACACAAAGGGAACUCUGAUAGGCCAAGAGAACAGGUCCUUAAUAAUGGCUUUACUGAAGAUGAAAAUAAAGAGAAAGCUGCAAAACCAGAAAGCUGGUUUACAAAAAUGGAAAAACUGCAUAACGAGUUUCCAGAGAUCAUGCAGAAGAAAGAUUAUUCUUCGUUAACUUCAAGAAUGAACAAAAGGGAAAUCAAUAAGGAUUUUGUCCCAUUCGUUCCAUUCCCACCUGGUUUUUUUGCUACCAAGGAAACCCAGUCACCAGAUGAUAAGCUGGAUAAAGACACAGGAGGUACCAAGAAAGACACUGCAUCCAACUCCAAACAGAACCUAAGGAACAGUGGGUGGACAGGAAAGAGCUUAGAGGGGAGUGGGGUGGAGGAAGCAGAAGAUCCCUUGGACAUGUCUGAAGAGGCAAAAACGAAGAGGUGGUUCAAGCGUGUAUCUCAAAUAAAAGACAUAUCUGAGCUUAGUGAGAUACCCGAUGAAGACUUCCCAACGAUAAUGCCAAUGCGCAAGGGGGUUAAUAGGUUUGUUGUUAGCAAGAGAAAAACCCCAAUGGAGAGGCGGUUGACGUCUUCAACACAGUAUAGAAUGAAUCACCCGGUUGUGAGUUCUAAUGAUGAACCUACGAGAACGGAAAACGAUGAUAACAAUAAUGAAAUAAAAUAAGCAGCGGUAUUUUGCUGAAUUGUUUUUCUUCACAGCUCUAACUUUUGUAAACGCAUAUACAGCCUAACUAGAUACAAGGACAUACUAAACAUCAAUUCUAUGUUUGUACUCCUGGAGUCCCGGAAAUACUUGAGGAAAGAAAAUAAAAUGCCUAGGAAUAUUGUUGUGCCUGGAUUUCCCUGGAAAACGCAUAGGAGGACGAAAUGUAAUCUCCCUCCGUCCCGCUAAGAUUGUCCCAUUUUAC